ACGGGCAAUAAGCUUGCAACAUCGCAACCACGCUUUUUUGUUUUUGAUUUACGCGCUGCAAGAGAAUUAAAAAGGAGACGAAAGAGGAAAAAUACAAUGUCGACGGUAGCGGACGACUUGCUCAACGACUUUGGCAGCUCGGGGGAUGAAGCUGACGAUCUCGAGCAAGGAGACCUUCUCGACAAUGCGACCAACGGCGACAAGGAUGCCAUGGACGUGGACGGCGACUUGGGCGGUGCAGAAGACGGAGAUGAGGGUGGAGAUGGUGACGACGGCGAUGCAGGCAAACAGGACGUGGAGAAGAUGCAGCUCGGCGCGGUCAAAGAUGUGCGCAGCGUGGCCAGCUUGAUGCAGACGCUGACGCCAAUCCUCGAGAAGAUUGAAUACUACCGAACCCAACCCCCGACGACAAACAUUGGCAACAUCGAAGACCACCCCGAAUACUCGCUGCUCACACAAUCCAACAGCCUGUCUACGCAGAUUGACGGCGAAGUCGCGCUAGUACACAAGUUUAUCCGCGAUCACUACUCGGUGCGCUUCCCCGAGCUGGAGCGACUGGUCACGACACCUCUCGAAUACGCAAAGGUCGUGUCCGUGAUUGGCAACGGGCCCAUGGACUCGGAGAGCAUAAAGAAACUACAGACAUCGACAGAUAACCCGCUUGGCGUCGGACUCAAGACGGUCCUGGACGGCCCGUCCCUCAUGAUUGUUACGGUCGAAGCCACAACGUCCAAGGGACAAGACAUUGCCGAGGACGAGCUUGCGCGUGUGCGCGCGGCUUGCGACAUGACGAUUGCACUACACAAGGCCAAGUCUACACUCACUGAAUACGUCCAGUCGCGCAUGAACAUCUUUGCGCCAAACCUGACGGCGCUCAUUGGCUCGCUCACGGCGGCUCAGAUGCUCAACGCGGCGGGCGGCUUGACGGGCCUCUCCAAGACACCAGCAUGCAACAUCCCAUCUUGGGGUUCCAAAAAGCGCCAGGCCGGUCUUGCUACCAACAUUGGUGUUCGCCAGCAGGGCUACCUAUACAACUCGGAAAUCAUCCGUGGCAUCCCCAACGACCUCAAGAAGCAGGCCAUGCGUAUUGUUGCUGGUAAACUUGUCCUGGCGGCGCGUGUCGACCGCAUCCACUCGAGCGCAAACGGUGCCACCGGGCAGGAUCUCAAGGCGGCAUGCCUCGAGCGUCUCGAGAAGCUGACUGAGCCUGCACAAAACAAGGGCAAGCGAGCGCUGCCUGUCCCCGACGAUAAGCCAUCGCGUAAACGUGGUGGUCGCAAGGCCCGCAAGGCCAAGGAGGCGCUGGCCAUGACUGACUUACGCAAGGCGCAGAACCGUAUGGCCUUUGGACAGGAGGAGCGCGAGGUUGGCUAUGGAACAGGUUCGGGCACAGUCGGCAUGGGCAUGAUUGGACAGGGCGGCGACGGACGCAUCCGCGGAACGCAGAUUGACCAGCGAACACGGGCCAAGCUCAGCCAGAAGAGCAAAGGCUGGGGCACGGCGAGCAGUGUGGGAGGUGCGGCAUCUUCCAUUGGCGGAUUCGGACAGACUCCUGGCGGCGUCGACCUUCGCGGCAGAGGACUUCGAGCCGCCGGUGUCGGCAGUAGCAUCGGUGGCGGCGCAGGUACAGCAUCGUCUCUUGCCUUUACGCCCGUACAGGGCUUGGAGCUUGUUGAGCCCAAGAUGCAGGCGGAGCUACAGCGCAAACGGAAGGCCGAAGAAGACCGCUGGUUCCAAGGAGGCACAUUUACGCAGCUUUCUGGGUCUGCAUCAUCAGCAAACGGCGGCUUCAAGGUGCCCGACCUGCCCAAAGCGAAGAAGAUAGACACUGGUGCAGGCAAGAUGGGGCCGCCGCCUCCAGCGUCCAAGUAAUAUCAAGAUGGGGAAUUGGGGUAAACUUUUUCAUUUACAGACAGACACACAAUUGGCGUUAUGGGAUGGCGUGUAAAAAGGGACAUCCAACGAAUGGAGCGUAUGCUACGUUACGCGGCGCAUCAACCCCUGGCUUUUGCAUUGAAUGUAUGUUUUAUUUUAUAUUUUAUUUUUGUUCUAUAUGAAUUUACAUUUUCAUCCAGAGACAAUCACGGUGCAUUUCUUUUCGUCUUUACCUGGUUGUUAAAUCAGUUGUUCGAAAAUAAGCCAAAACACGAAACCACAACCAACAAAGCAGUAUGCAAUGCAGAUGUAAGGCAUGUUAAGACUAGCUACGCUAUUGGUAGGCUAGAGAUUGUGCCUGCAGCAAGUAUCGGAACAUCCGAAAGAGGCGAGACAUACUUGCUUUCAUGCAUGGCAACGCAGCAUCGCGAGUUUUUUUUUUUUUGAUUUGUUUUUCACCGAUAUCUACACUUACAAAACACAAUGGGUAAUUGAUAAAUGCCUAUACUUUGUCCCACCUUGCAAAAAUCAAGGAAGUCACUGUCUGCUCUCCAUCUGAAUGGUCAACAGGAGUCCGCCAAGCGAAUAGAAGGCUACGGCAGGCAACAACUCCUCGGCAAACAGCGGCGAGGACAGAAAUCCUAGAAAUCUGCCUUCCUGAAACGAUCUAGAAGAUGCUAUUCUAAGAUACACCGAUGUUGCAGCUGCCUCAAAUAGGCAUGUCUCAAUGUAGGCGGGAGGCUAGCGAACGCCGUGUGAGCCUACGGGCAACGCAAAGCAACACCAAUCCUAUAGGCCCUAUGGUAGUGGUCAGUGUUGCGCGACAUUACGCACAGAGAGCUAAUUAUCCAGCCUGAAUACUGCUCAGCUGACCAUCAGGCAGCGCAGAGAACACCGCAAUGCGAGAUGAAACCAUGAGCCUGACGCCAAGAAGUAAGUUGGCCGGCGCCAAAUAGCGU